UAAACAUAGCCGGCCUCAAUGAAAGCAAUCGCAGUGGGCGGAGACCGAUCAUGUUACUCACUGAACCGAACAACUGUCAACAUUGUCCAGCAGUACUGCACAAACCAUGGCCCUGUUUACAUAUAUACUCCUGACCGCCCUACACGCGACCCUCGCACAGGACUGCGUCAUCAACAACAUACCCGAGCGCAUGGCAUUCGAGAAACAACUCCGGAAAGACCUAAAAUGCAACUACAAAAUAUUCGAACAUCCUCCACAAAACAGCUCCAGUUUUCCAGUCAAAGUCAAAUUCGUGAUGAAAAAAUUCAACUUCAACAGUGAAGAAGACACAUUCUCAGUUCAAACGAGGAUGUCUGUGUCUUGGAACGACCCUCGCCUACAAUGGAACCCAGAGAAAUACUACGGGAUUGAUGUAACAGAAAUGUCAAUAAUGAACAUUUGGGCUCCAACCAUAACUCUGGUGAAUUCAGUAAGUCCUGAUGACUUCAACGACAGGUACUACUUCGCUCGCUGCAACAUCUAUAGUGAUGGGGACGUGACCUGCAUGCGCAGGGUGACGCACGAUGCGGCCUGUAACGUCAACCUCACACAUUGGCCUUAUGACCAGCAAGAGUGUAGCCUCAUCUUCGAGGCCGCGGAUUCAAGAUCGCUGAACAUACAAAUUAACUCGUCUUCACGUGUAUUUAGCAUGUGGGGUGCAGAAUAUGGAGCCGAGUGGACCAUGACAGAUUAUAAACAGGAGAGUAACUACACAUCUAACAAACGGUUGAAGUUGACGUUUGUUGUGGAGCGGGAAGCGAUGGGUUUGGCGGCGAUCGUGUUGUAUCCAGCUAUGAUUUUGACAUUUUUGAAUGUGACGAUUCUUUUUAUGGAUGUGCGGCGUCCUGCUCGACUGGGUCUGGCUAGCUUCUGUCUUCUAUGUCAUCAUUACUUCUUGUGUGAAUUAGCAGAGAACAUACCGAAGAAGAAUAUGAAUCCCCCAAAUCUACUUUUAUACUACCGAGGUUCGGUUGUGCUGUCGUUGUUAUUAAUGCUACUCUCGUGUGUGUUAGGUAAAAUAUGUAGCCUUAAGUCUGCUCCACAGAAUUAUAUCAUAUCUUUUAACAAUUCAGUGUUCGAAAGUUUUGGGAAAUAUAUGGUAUUUCCUCAAUGGGAGCUCGAGUGUGACUCCGAUGGUAAACCGUUUAGUCAAGACUGGACAAAGUUUUCAAAUAUUAUUAAUACUGUUUUUAUUAUUGUCGUAAUGGUCACUUAUAUUUGUCUAUAUCUUAUUUUGAUGCCGCAACCUAUUCCUAUUACAUAUUGAU